CAGCUGGGAACCACCGAGUGAGACUCUGUGUCUGGAGACGAAAAGUAUCGAAAAGUAACUUUUUAAAAACUUUGCUACUUUGGACUCGCAGCGGAGGGGGGGCAUGUGAGCGUGUGAGCCCGAGUCUCUCUUCAGCCACUUUCGGAGGAUGUCAGCCCCGAGCAGCUCGCUCCAGCAGCCGAGGGUGAGGCGCAGCAAUGCGGGCUCUCCAGGCGGAGUAGGAGGAGGUGUUGGUGGAGGAGGUGUUGGUGGAGGAGGUGGAGGUGGAGGAGGAGGUGGCAGCUGCCGUCUGCACCCCCUCCGGGCCACCGUGCCCUACCAGCUCCUGCAUGCGGGCCAGAGCAGCCCCACGCGGCCGCAGAGCCUCCACGGAGGGGGGACCACCACCACCACGACCACCACCACCAGCCGGGGGUCCAGCACCCCGUCCAGCCCGACCCUCAGUCCUCCAGGAGCCGCCAAGACCAGACUGUCCCCGGAGAACAGGGACUCCUCCUGUCCUCCUGACUCUCCUGUGUCCAGAGCAGAAAGGUCCAAGUUGCAGGUUCGGAGUUCCAGUGCCAUCCGGCGGACCUCUUCCCUGGAUGCCAUCACAGGACCUUACCUCACAGGCCAAUGGCCUCGGGACUCGCAUGGACCGUACGCUUCCUGUAUGAAAGACAAAGCCACACAGACUCCAGGUCUCUGGAACGACGAAGGAGCCGAGCAGGGAAGUCCUCACCAGCGGUCGGCCUCCUGGGGCAGCGCCGACCACCUCAAAGAGCAGAUUGCUAAACUACGACUGCAGCUGCAGCGCAGCAAGCAGGUCGGCCGGCAGAGUAAAGACCGGGAGCAGAUCUCACUGCAGCUGCCGCAGCAGGCGCUGCACACCACGGCGUGCCAACCUCAGUACAAGGGACCUUCGUCAGCCUUGUCGUCCACGAUCCCGGUGCCAAAAUCCUUCAUCUGCCGAGUCCCGAGCAGCGUGGAGGGAAUCAACCACGAGCUGGAGAAUGUAUUUAUCAGAGACGACUGGGAGCAGAGGAUACAGGCCAUGGACACAGUGGACGGCCGCCGGCCUCCUUUCCCCCCCCACCGCUACAGCAGCGGGGGGGACACACGCGACACCGACACACAGGCGCCAUCGAGCGGCGACUCCAGCCCGUCGCCCCGCCCCUUCAGCUCCGAGCACCUCCACUCCCCCGAUGGAAGCCCUUGUUCCGCUGAGGACAUCGACAAAGACGGUGUGUGCAGUUCUCCUCUCCCCAAGUUCGCCACUUCUCCCAAACCCAACAACAGCUACAUGUUCAAACGUGAACCUCCAGAGGGCUGUGAGAAGGUCAAAGUGUUUGACGAGUUUGUGUCUGGAAAAUCAAAAGGCUUCCCUCUCUUCUCAUGCCCGGACAAAAACAAGGUGAACUUCAUCCCCAGGGGCUCGGCCUUCUGCCCCGUCAAACUCCUCUGCUCCUCCCUCUUCUCCCCCGUUUCUCCCUUGUCCUGCUCCAUGGCCAACGCCGGUCUCCACGGCAAUGAGAACGCCGGGCCGCUGGUGACCCAGACUCCUCCCACUGCACCACUACCUACCUUUCCGGCCUCCGCUGACCGGAGCACAGACCACAGCACAGACGCAGACGUUGGGACCGACGGCUCAGCACAGGUUCUGCUCACCAGCUAGUCCUCAGGUGUUCACGACCAAACCUCCCACAGAGAAAACGUCUCAACCCGUCGGGUGGUUUGGUUUAAACAAAAAAAAAAGCAACGAAAAACAUGAAAACAUACAAAAAAAAAAAGUCCUUGCACUCCGGUAAUCCUAACAUUAGCCAGCAGGGGGUGCCCAAGGUCUAGAAAAGACACAAUCGUACAGAUAAUGGGACCAACUUCCCGCUCGGGUCCAACUCGUCUCGGCCGUUGUCUCUCAGACUGUAGAGUGAGUGUUGACCUCGGGCACAGCCUCAUCUUGUCCAUCACUAACCUAGCCUUCCCCUCUCUACCCCCCCGAUACCACCCGUAACAAAUAUAGCUUUGCUUUCUUUUUGCAAAAAAAAAAAUAGGGAUGACUGCUCAAAUUAUUGUUACAUAGCACUGGCAGUUAAAAUAAAAAAAAAUCCACAACUUUGACAAUAGACAACGAUGGGAUUAUCACAAACUCAGUCUACUCAUGUAAUCUAAUCAGCUUAUUAGCUGUUAAGUGUUCAGCGAGCUUACGUUCACAUAUAUAAGCUUCUUGACAGGAUGGGAUGGUUUUAUCUCUGUUUCAUAUACAGUAUUUAACACAUGGGGACGUCUUGCAGUCCCAGUUCUCUCUCUCCCACUUUAACCACAGUGUUUGCACUCGUUAGGAGCCGGUUCAGAGAAGAACCAGAAGUCUCUGCAGCCCAGGGUCACACAAGACUUUGAUCCACGUUAGUCUGAUCGCUAUCAAACCUCGGUUCAACACGACUUCAGCUGUUUAUUCAGAGACCAAAUAACCAGUCACAAAGCACACA